GUUACAGGAAAUGGAUCUGCUGCUGAAUAAUUUGUUAGGGCACAGAUCUUGAUCUACCUGAGUCAGACACACAUAAACACACCUCUUUAUUACAGGCACAGUGAGUGAAAUUAAAAGAAAUUACAUGUUUAUGGAUUCGGCUUUCAAGCAUCACCUACAAGAACCGAUUCAAAGAGCCGAUUCUCUGGCAAAUGACUGUAGUGAGGUAUUAGCAUUAGCUGUGAUGAGCAGAUACUUCGCGCAGGUUUUAUUCCUCUCUUCGUGCAGAUGAUAAGAAUCUGCAGAACAUCAACAUUAAUGAUCUAAUGAUGAAGGUGAUGAUGAUGAUGAAGAGCGUCACCGGAAGAGCAGCUUCACCUGCAUCGCUUUUAAUUUUUCUGAUGAUUCACAUGACACUAACAACUCCGUCAGAUGAAGGUGUGACAUCUGGGUUUAAAAAUCCUGAUGGAUUAGAUUCCAGUUGUGAUGGACAGACUGCAGACUCUCCGUCUCGUAGACAAUUUAAGACGGCGGAAAUGGCAGACGCUGUUCUGGGGAUGGAGCUGUCUGAGAACACAGCUGGGAUUGGAGCUCUUAUUCCUAAAACCUCAAAGUCUACGCCAUAUGAGAAGGAUGUGACAGAGGAGGUGAAGGAGCAGGAUACAGCAGUGGAUAAGCAAUUGGAGGAGGAGGAAGUGGUGAUGGAGGAGGAAGUUGAGAUGAAGCAAGAAAGUCCAGCUGGAGGUGACGAGCAGAAUUCUACAGAAACUGCAAAGACGUACAAAGUGAGCUGUGAUAAAAGGAGCAUCGCUGGACUUGAUACCUUCACAGUGCAUGUUCUAAACGCAUCACAGGAUCUAAUGGACUUCCUGAACUUAAACAGCUCUGAAUGCUCAUUGGUUCUCUUCUACACAUCCUGGUGUCAGUUCUCUGCCAACCUUGCUCCUCACUUUAAUGCUCUGCCAAGGGUUUUUCCCAUCAUGCAUUUUCUUGCUCUUGAUGCCUCACAACACAGCAGCUUGUCCACACGCUUUGGGACCGUCGCUGUGCCCAACAUUUUGCUUUUUCAGGGCACUAAGCCAAUGGCGCGCUUUAACCACACAGAAAGAACGCUGGAGACUUUAAGUGCCUUCAUAACUAAUCAAACAGGGUUUGAGGCAGUUGUGGAUCAGGUGGUGACAGAUGACGAUCAUGUUGGACCUUUACUCAGCGUCCCACUAACAAGCAUUGACUGGCUUUUUGUGUUCAGUGUCAUGUUUUUGUUUGUGUUCAGUUUGUACGCCAUCCUGCGAACUGACAGCAUUCGACUGCUCAUUCCCGGCCAUGAACAUGACCACCAGGACUAGUUGUUGUUGUUGUUGCUGUUGUUGUUGUUGUUGCUGUUGUAUGUAUAAACAAUUUAAAUAAUCUAUAAAAUUUAGUCAAUGGAUGGAUGUUUUAGAAUAAACAAUCAUAAUAAAUGAACAAUAAUAUUUCAUUUUAAA